UAUAUAUAUAUUUGCCUCAUUUGCAUCUCUAUAGGUGCAUAUAAGGGUUUAAUUACAGAGGUUUGAGUAUUAGGGUUUAGGGAGGUUUUGGUAGUAUUUGUUGAGAAGACCCUGAAAGAAGAAGAAGAGAUAAUGGAGGAAGCAUCAGAGCAUAACAAAAAGCAGAGCGUGCCUGUACUCCCAUGGAUGAGAACUCCCAUUGACGUUACUCUCUUCCAUGAAUGCCCUCUUAAUCUCCUACCUUUUCUUGACCCCAGGUUAGAGGUGGCUUUGGAGAAUAUGGGUUUUACUUCCCUCUUUCCAGUGCAAGUUGCAGUCUGGCAAGAGACAAUUGGACCUGGUUCCUGUGAGCGAGACCUUUGUAUAAAUUCACCAACUGGAAGUGGGAAGACGCUAGCCUAUGCUUUGCCAAUAGUGCAAAUGCUGUCAACUCGUGCAGUUAGAUGUCUUCGUGCUUUAGUGGUGUUACCCACACGUGAUUUAGCUGUGCAGGUUAAGGAAGUCUUUGCUGCUAUUGCACCUGCAGUGGGCUUAUCUGUUGGUUUGGCAGUUGGUCAAUCUUCAAUUGCUGAUGAAAUUUCUGAACUUAUUAAGAGACCUAAGCUUGAGGCAGGUAUCUGUUAUGACCCAGAAGAUUUUUUGCUGGAUUUAGAAAGUUCAGUGGACAUUUUGGUGGCUACUCCUGGCAGGCUGAUGGAUCAUAUAAAUUCCACGAAAGGUUUUACACUUGAGCAUCUUUGUUAUCUGGUUGUUGAUGAAACAGAUCGAUUACUCAGGGAGGCAUACCAAUCCUGGCUGCCUACUGUUCUUCAAUUAAUCCAAUCUAGUGUUGGAAGUCUCUUCCCUCAUGCCAACACUUUCUUUUCUUCCCCAUUUGGUUCCUUGAAAACCAUAAGGAGAUCUGGUGUUGAAAGGGGAUUUAAGGGCAAAUCUUACCCUAGGCUUGUGAAGAUGGUUCUAUCUGCCACGCUAACCCAAGAUCCAGGCAAGCUUGCCCAGCUUGAUCUGCAUCACCCUUUGUUGUUGACAACUGGGCAAAGACGUUAUCAGCUCCCUGAACAACUAGAAUCUUUCAAAUUGAUAUGUGAAUCAAAGCUUAAACCCUUGUAUUUAGUAGCCCUUCUCCAUACAUUGCAAGGGGAGAAGUGCAUUGUUUUCACAUCGUCAGUGGAGUCAACCCACAGACUCUGCACCUUACUGAACUUCUUUGGUGAUUUACAAAUCAAGAUCAAGGAAUAUUCGGGUCUUCAGCGUCAGUUCGUAAGAAGCAAGACAUUGAAGGCAUUCCGGGCAGGGGAAAUAGAAGUACUUGUUUCUUCUGAUGCAAUGACUCGUGGAAUGGAUGUUGAAGGGGUGAGAAAUGUCAUCAACUAUGAUGUGCCUACAUAUAUAAAGACAUACAUUCAUCGGGCUGGGAGGACUGCAAGAGCGGGCCAGGCAGGACGUUGCUUUACGCUUCUACGUAAAGAAGAGGUUAAGCGAUUCAAGAAGCUGUUACAGAAAGCUGACAACAACUCUUGUCCUGUUUAUUCUGUUCCUUCCGAUUCCAUAGAAUCAUUUCGCUCCACAUACACUUCUGCUCUGGAGAAAUUGAAAGAGAGUGUCAAAUCAGAAACAUACAGGAAGCACAAGUUUAAAUUCAAAUCUUCUGGUAUGGUUAAAGGAAAGGAAAAAAAUUCGAAGGUGUGAAUUUUGUUUUUCUAGCAGGAGUUCUAUUCCAUAACGAGUUGAAUUUUGUAGUGUAUAUGAGGUGAGUCCCAAUUUUUUGGUAUAAGUUGUACACUUUUGAUUAAUGUUGUUAAUGACUCUAUUCAACUUGCUGCCUAGAAAUUAUUAGCCUUUGAACUAAGUCUAGAGAAUGUUAUAUGGAAGAAGAUAAAACCCUUUUGAUAUUUGUUUGUAUAGUACUCCUUGAGAAGGAUUUGUUUGUAUAGUACUGCAUGAAAAUUCACUUCA